UAGAUUUGUUUGUGGAGUCAAAAGCUACUAUUCAUCAGUUUGAGACUUGAAAGUUAUUGUUCUUCAAUGGGGUACAUACAAGAAGCUCGCGAGAAUCAUGUGAAGAAGAAAGUAGAAGAAGCUCUGCGGAGCAAAAUGAAGCAGAAGGCACUGAAGGAAUGCGACCAUUACGCUCUAAAAUACGCGGAAUGUGCGACGGGGAGGACGAUCUCCGUCGUUUGGCAGUGUCGCCAACAGGCAAAAGAGUUGAACAAUUGCCUUCACCAACACACCAAUGAUGCUGUCUUGGAAAAAAUGAAGAGAGAGUACACGCUUCAACAAGAUGCCAAGGGAUCCUAAGUCUAAAGCUCAUUUUCUUUAGGCAUGUGCCGAUUUUAGGCCUUAAGAAUCUGAGACGCGAACUUGCAAUCUGACUCUCGAAAGAUACUUAAGUUGCAUCUUUCUUAUUAUUUUGGGCAUAAAUGAGGUGUAAACUGUCAAAUUUGAAUGCAAUUUGAUGAUAAUGGUGAUUUUAAUUUUGUUUUA